AUGCCUACGCUUGAGAAUGCUCUGAUCCGACGGGCUCGGACAGAUAAGCCCUUUCAGCAGAUUGUUACGACUUGGUCCGUGGUCCUGAUGGGAUGCGACCGCUUCAUUCGCGUCAACUUCUUCUUCAAUCGCCUGACAAACUGCCGCGCCAGUGGCUCAACGGUGACGCACUUGCAGCAUUGGCUGCGUCAGACACUUGGUCAGACUGCCGUAGGAAUCAAAGUUGGAGACGUCAUCUACAAGUCUGAUGAGCAGAUGAUGCGUGAAAACGUCCUCAAGUCCAAUGAAGCGUACCAUGUGGUCUACGAAGACUACACACCGAGCUACUCGGUCUCCAUCGAGUCUCCACCACUCUAUACUCGCAUGUUGCCACAGCUUCCAGGAUACAACGAUGAGACCGGCAUUAGACACUGUACACCCACCUACUUUGAAGAAUGGGUCUAUUACACUGCGAUUCCCCUUGUAUGCAAAACGAUUGACUUGAAGCUGUCCUUUGGUCGCAAAGUGACCAUCGAGCUCAACAAUAAACAGACGGCCUUCAGGGAUAAUUUUCGCAAUGCUCUGAUUCUGUCUGCUGGAUACAAGGCACAAGGAAUCGCCCUCGAUGAUGGAACCGUGCUCACGUCUGAUGCCAUCUUAUUUGACCCUCGGGUUGAGAACUUUGCUGUAUACAGAGUCGUGUAUGGCUCUGCUCAUAUCAAGGCGCUACAAGUAAGACCACCAUCUGCAGACACUCAUCGGCACUCGGCACGGGCUCGACAUUCGCGAGAAAGUGCGAGGGAUAGCUUGCGACGCAUCAGCACCAGCACCAGCCGCACACUUCACCGUGUUGCGUCGAGUACAAGCCGCAACUCUGCUCAAUUGGUUCGCAUGCGUGCAGACAAGCGCCAAUCAGAAAUCACAACCAUAAGUGCCUCGUGCUAA